GUUUCUGAAGGCCAGCGCUCAACCCCACCAACUCUGUUUUGUACCCGACGUCCAAUUUCUGCUUCUCGAACCCUUAGAAGUUUACGCCACUUUUUGCCCGAAACUUUACCGUCUCUCUCAUGGAUGCCGUCGCAAGUUCUGCAUUCGUCACCAAGUUCCCAGAGACUUGUGCGCUUCACAAUAGUCCGUCUUCUUCGAUCCGAGCGUCUAAUAAGCGACCCGGGUCUCUCAAAAUCUGCGAAACACCUCACUUUCAUGCUCUUCGUGUUCUUGCUCACGCAAGUGAGGUUCCUGGUGGUGAAGAUGAAGAAAGUAAGCCGUUGAAUAGUGGGUUUGGCUUUCUUUCUGAAGGCAGUGCGUCUUUGUCUCGGGAUAAUUUAGAUUGCAGUCAAAGUAUUGAGAAUGAUGCGGCUGAGGCCCUAAAAAUGGACAUGUCUAUUACGACUCCAGGUGUAAGCGUAGCAGGAGGAGGAAACCGAGCUGGGCUUUUUAGGACACCAAUUUCUGGUGGAGUGCAGAGUGCCACCUCAGCUCAUGGUUUACCUCGACCAGCCUUAGCAGUUCGUAAUCUAAUGGAGCAGGCCAGAUUUGCUCAUUUGUGCACGGUGAUGUCUCGGAUGCACCACAGACGAGAAGGGUAUCCAUUUGGGUCUUUGGUAGAUUUUGCACCUGAUUCAAUGGGCCAUCCAUUAUUUUCGUUUUCGCCAUUGGCCAUCCACACACGAAACUUGUUAGCAGAUCCCAGAUGCACACUUGUUGUGCAGAUACCUGGAUGGAGUGGCUUGUCAAAUGCUAGGGUAACUAUAUUUGGUGAUGUCUACCCACUUCCAGAGCAUCAACAGGAAUGGGCUCAUAAGCAAUACAUAGCAAAGCAUCAACAAGGGCCCUCUCAACAGUGGGGUAACUUCUACUACUUCAGGAUGCAGAACAUAAGUGACAUCUAUUUUAUUGGAGGCUUUGGCACUGUUGCUUGGGUUGAUGUCAACGAAUAUGAGACCCUUCAACCUGAUAAGAUUGCUGUUGAUGGAGGCGAGCAAAACUUAAAGGAACUGAACGCAAUCUUCUCAAAGCCCCUGAAAGAGCUUUUGUCCACCGAAACUGAGGUAGAUGAUGCUGCUCUCAUAUCAAUAGACAGCAAGGGAAUCGAUAUAAGAGUUCGUCAAGGCGCACAGUUCAACAUACAAAGGAUAUCAUUUGAAGAAGGACAUGCUGUUGAAACAUUAGAGGAAGCCAAAGCGGCUCUUUGGAAACUAGUACACAAGGGCCGAGUAUGCAAUUUGCAGAAAUAGGCGUUUCACUGCAUCCGGUUUCUUUCUUCUGGGAAACAAGACUCAAUGUGUCUCACAUUUUAGAGACUUUGUCACCUGACUUUGUAAAUACUUGCAGGCCUUGGGAUGGUUUAAUGCGAAUUUUUGACCAAGUAGAUGUUCAAAUUUCUGAUUUGUGGGAAGUUGCCUGAAGCAUCUAUAAUAAUCUAUUACCUAUAUAAGUUAUGAUCAUUUUCUUCGUA